UGAUUCCAUGCGUAAGAGGAUCAAAGACGAGAUCAAGAAGCUGGACGACAAGAUUGCCGAUGCUGAGGAAAAUCUUGGUGAAAGUGAAGUUCGUGAAGCUCACCUUGCGAAGUCAUUGUACUUCAUUCGAAUUGGCGAUAAGGAGAAAGCACUCGAACAACUAAAAGUAACAGAAAGCAAAACGGUUGCAGUUGGCCAGAAGAUGGAUUUGGUAUUCUACACUUUUCAGAUUGUUUUUUUCCACAUGGACUUCGAUCUAAUUUCUCGCUCACUUGACAAAGCUAAGAAUUUAUUUGAGGGUGGUGACUGGGAGAGAAAAAAUCGUUUGAAAGUAUAUGAUGGCCUGUACUGUAUGGCCACCAGGAAUUUUAAAAGAGCAGCCAAUUUAUUUUUGGACUCUAUAUCGACAUUUACAACUUAUGAGCUGUUUCCUUAUGACACUUUCAUAUUCUAUACUGUUCUUACAAGCAUUAUAUCACUCGACAGAGUAUCACUCAAAGAAAAGGUUGUGGAUGCACCUGAAAUCCCAGUGAUUGGGAAGAUUCCUCAUCUAUCCGACUUCCUGAAAUCCCUCCAUGAAUGCCAGUACAAGUCAUUCUUUAUUGCUUUCUCCGGCUUGACUGAGCAGAUAAAGCUAGAUCGCUAUCUCCAACCUCAUUUUAGGUAUUACAUGAGAGAAGUCCGAACCGUUGUGUAUUCUCAGUUUCUCGAAUCCUAUAAGAGUGUAACAAUGGAAGCAAUGGCAUCGGCAUUUGGGGUUUCUGUAGACUUCAUUGAUCUGGAAUUAUCACGCUUGAUAGCAGCUGGGCAGCUUCACUGUAAGAUUGACAAGGUUGCGGGAGUUCUGGAGACCAACAGACCAGAUGCCAAGAAUGCUCUUUAUCAGGCAACUAUCAAGCAGGGGGAUUUCUUAUUGAACCGUAUACAAAAACUUUCUCGUGUGAUAGAUUUGUAAAUCUUUAACUGUUAG